CGCUGAGGGGAUGUGUCGGGAGCAGCCCCACGGCUCGGUGGCAGCCGGCGGGCGCAGGUGCCGGGACGGCUCCGGGACGGGGUCCCCGGCGCGGGGUCGGUGGCCGGAGCCGUGUGCGUGCCGCUGGGGGCACUAUGUUCUGUUUGUGUUCCUAUUUCUGGGCUGGAAGAACAAACAGGGAAGUGGUUUUUCUGCAGUCUCAUUGCAGCUCAAACAGAGCACAUCAUUCAGCCGGUGUUGCUCACAGCGUCAGAGGUGACGGCGCGGGGACCGAGCGCGGCGCAUCCCUCAGCCUGCGGGGACGCUGGGAAGAGAUGGAAGAAAAACGACGCAAGUACUCCAUCAGCAGUGAUAACUCGGACACCACUGACAGUCACACCACAUCCACUUCCAGAUGCUCCAAAAUUCCGAAUACCAAAUCCCCCUGGUCACGGCAGAAGGAGAAGAAGCCCUCUGAGGUUUUCCGGACGGAUCUGAUAACAGCCAUGAAGAUCCCUGACUCCUUCCAGCUGAGUCCUGACGAGUACUACGUUCUGGCUGAUCCUUGGAGGCAGGAGUGGGAGAAGGGUGUCCAGGUGCCAGCAAGUGCCGAGGCCAUCCCUGAACCUGUGGUCAGGAUCAUCCCCCAGCUGGAGAGCUCGCUUUCACAGGUUUCACCGAGCAGCCUGCCUGGCUCUGAGAUUUCAGAAGCCACAAGGACUUACUUGCAAGGAAUGAGCCGCUAUGACCUGGACGAGCUCGAUGCCUGCUGGUUGGAACUUGUUAACAUGGAGCUCAAGGAGAUGGAAAAGCCCGAGCUGGACGAGAUCACCCUGGAGCGAGUGCUGGAGGAGCUGGAGACCAUGUGCUACGAGAACAUGAACAUCGCCAUCGAGACCGAGGAGGGCUUGGGCAUCGAGUACGACGAGGACGUGGUGUGUGACGUGUGCCGCUCGCCCGAGGGGGAGGACGGCAACGAGAUGGUGUUUUGUGACAAGUGCAACGUCUGCGUGCACCAGGCGUGCUAUGGCAUCCUGAAGGUGCCCAUUGGGAGCUGGCUGUGCCGGACCUGUGCCCUCGGAGUCCAGCCCAAGUGUCUGCUGUGCCCCAAGAGGGGGGGAGCGCUGAAGCCCACCCGGAGCGGCACGAAGUGGGUCCACGUUAGCUGUGCCUUAUGGAUACCUGAAGUUAGCAUUGGAUGUCCUGAAAAAAUGGAACCCAUUACGAAGAUCUCACAUAUCCCAGCAAGCAGAUGGGCUUUGUCCUGCAGCCUCUGCAAGGAGUGCACUGGGACAUGCAUUCAGUGCUCCAUGCCCGCCUGUGUCACCGCAUUCCACGUCACCUGCGCCUUCGACCACAACCUGGACAUGCGGACUAUCCUUGCGGACAACGAUGAGGUGAAGUUCAAGUCCUUCUGCCUCGAGCACAGCACCGGCGCCACCAAGUUGCCCGAGGAGGCACGGACAGAGCCCGACCAAGCCCAGCUGGACUUGGAGAAGGUCACGCUGCGGAAGCAGAAGCUCCAGCAGCUGGAGGAGGACUUCUAUGAGCUCGUGAAGCCUUCAGAGGUGGCAGAGAACCUUGACUUAAGUGAAUCACUGGUGGACUUUGUCUACCAGUACUGGAAGCUGAAGAGGAAAGCAAACUCCAACAAACCGCUGCUGACACCAAAAACGGAUGAAGUGGACAACUUGGCUCAGCAAGAGCAGGAUGUUCUGUACCGACGCCUAAAGCUCUUCAUGCACCUCAGGCAAGACCUGGAGAGGGUUAGAAAUCUCUGUUACAUGGUGACAAGACGGGAGAAAAUGAAACACACCAUUUGUAAACUGCAGGAGCAGAUCUUCCAUCUCCAGAUGAAGCUUAUUGAGAAAGAUCUUUACCCAGAACAAACUGGGAAGAAGACAAAGGGUAAGAAAAGUGACCCAAGAAGGAAAGGAAGAGAUGGUAGAAAAAAUAGUCCUGAGAAGACAGAGAAAAGGAAAUCGGUCAACGAAACUGUUUUGGGACAACUGGGCUUGUCAACCUCCUUCCCCAUCGAUGGGACCUUCUUCAACAGCUGGUUGGCACAGUCAGUGCAGAUCACAGCGGAGAACAUGGCGAUGAGCGAGUGGUCACUCAACAACGCCCACCAUGAGGCCAGCACCCCUGGCCUCUCCGAGGAGCUCCUCCAGGAUGAGGAGACCUUGCUGAGCUUCAUGAUGGACCAUUCCCUCAGGUCCCCAUUCAGGCAGAGCGAGACCACAAAGAAAGUGAAAAGCAGAACGAGAACGAACACUAAGAAAAAGCUGCCAAGGAGCAGCCCCUCUGCAGUGGGUGGGGGCCACCCGGAGGGCUCGGAGCCCUGGACUAACAAUGCCAGCAACUUGUCGGAUGAUCCCGCCAAGCCCUUCGCUCUGGAUUCCAGACCGAGCAAGUCGGAAAAAGGGGCAGCAAAGCUUCCCACCGACCGCAAAGGGACGGGCGAGGCCAAAAGGGUGGCCAGGAAGGGCUCUCUCCAGAAAGCCAGCGAGCCUCAUGCCCCUGCUGGGACACGGGGCUGCGUCAGCCAGGAGGAGGAGGAGGAGGAGACGCCGCGCUGCGCUCAGACGGAGCCCAGCCCCGCGGCCAAAGUGCCUGACUCCAUAGGUAGCCCCAAAACCAUCGUGCGGUUCAAAUUACCAAAGGAGAGCCGGGGGGCGCGGCGGUCGCAGCCCCCCAAGGCCGAGGGCGCUGGCGGAGCUCCCUUGCGUCGCUUCGACGCCGACACGGACGGAUACUUCUCCGACGCCGAGAUGAGCGACUCGGACGGGGAGUCCCGCGGCGGCCGCGCGCAGCGGGGCCAGCUGGACGCGGCCGGCGAGGACAUCGUCAGGAUGAGCAUCCUGGCGUCCUAACUGCUCCGACCACGCCGGCUCGAUGAGGCCUCAACCCAGUUCCAACUGCCAUGUCCAAUUUCUGCCUGGUGUCACGGCGAGGGGGGUUUUUAAUAUGUGUAUAUAGUUGGAAAUUCGGCACUGUUGUCUUUCUCUUCUCGAUACGCCUGAGAUACAGCUUCAGCUUCACCGACAUCGACGACUGUGACAGCAGUGGUCCCUCCCCGGCUCCCUGCCAGACCCCACUUCCUGGGAACGUGAGCCGGCACCCGCCAGGACCGAUGUCGAGGGUGCUGAGAGGGUGGAGGGUGCCGGUACCCGUGCUUUCUGCAGGGAUGACAGUUCAAUUAAUGGGCAUUAUUUAAUGAGGGGCAGAUUUCUGCCUGGGACGGUUGCCCUCAGAGCAGGGAGCGAGGAGAGGGUCCGGCAGUGGCCAGCUGUGGGAGGGGAAAUUCCCACCUGUGUGUGCGGAGAGAAGGAAAUAAGCGAUUCUAAAAUAAAUAAUGACUAAAGCACAAAAAGCUUGUUGGAGGAAAACGCUUGGGGUGGAAGAGAGCAAUGUUACAUUUCUAUUUUUAGGGAAAAAAACCUCUUGGUCAUUAUUUUUCCCCUCACCUUUCCAUCUGGUUGGGAUCCGUCCAGGGGCCAGGAUGCAAAAGUCCUCCCUGUCCAUGCCCCUGGUGAGGUUCUUAGAAGCACUGAAGUGAUUUACUCAGGUGACUGGAUGAGCAAGUGGAAAAUGGAAAUGUGGGGCAGGAUGGAGGAGGAAAGCAUCCUUUAAAACCACCAUGGGGAGUCAGGGUUGCUUCCCUCCAAUGCUGCCGUGGUCCCACCAUGCCAGGGCAGCACAUUUGAAAAUGUCCCCCUUACAAACCAAAACCAUGGCCCCAAGGCCAAAUGUGCCGUCACUGAGGGGAAAUGGCAACCCUUGCCACCACUAUUAUGUUUUCCUUCUAAAUGCUACAAUGGAAAUGGUGAAUUUAUUCCUCUCCAUCCUUUGUUUUGUUUUUUACCUUAAAUCCUGGUUACAAGCUGUUGACUCGUUGUGGAGGGGUGAUUCACAGAAGCUGACAUUAUAAAUAUUACAAUAAUUUAAUGCAUAAAAUGUCCCCAAUAAGCCUUAAAUGUUGUUUAAAAGCCCAUGUUACCUAUAAGUCAGGCGAAUUUCCAUGUUUGCACUUAAUUGCACCAUUACUUCGGUUUUGGCUUCAAAGGUCACAGUUAAGUCAUGCUACGUGUUUUAUUGGAGUGACCCCAGUGUGAGCUCAGGGAACAAAAAAAAAAAAAUAAAACCAACCCAAACCUGGGACACUUCUGCAACCGGUUAAACCCAUCACUAAACAAAAAAACCUUGCAAUUGUCAAACCAAUCAGUCAAAGAAUUUUGUGGAUGCCAAAGAAAUAUUUUGACAGUCAAGCAGCACAGCCAGAAACCGGAAACUUGUCAUUAUGAAAAAAAAUUGGAAGUUAUUUAGCAACCAAGGACUAAAGACACACUCAUACCACACUGCUGCGGCGUUAGGUUCCAAGCUUGCUCCGAGGGAUGCUGCUGCUCCAAGACUGCAUCCUGCCAUUUUGGUUUCCGAUGCUUUUUGCUCAUUUCACUGUGAGCUUUCUUUUUGAAACUCUGAGACUAUUCCGAUUGAUGUUUUAGAGUAGAUCAUCAUCUUUAUCAGCCUUCCAAAGUCCUUAUUAUUGAUAAAAUUGCAGCAAAGAUCAGCGAUGACAGCCCAGCUGAUCCCAGACACGGCGACCGGUGGGGGCUGCGGGUGGGAUGCCCAGCCCUGCCUAAGCCCAACACUCACCUGGCUGAGACUGACCGUGCCUGGGAAGGAAUCUUCCUCACAUGGGAAAAAUGUGACACAAGUUAUUAGUGGGAAAAAACAAAAAGAAAACAAAAAAACAGCAAAAUACCAACAAAACAGGAAUUACCUUUGUUAUAAAUUAGCAUAAUCCAUUGAGGUUGGAAAUGAAAAUCUGCUCAUUAAUUAAGGCUCAGUAUGUUCAGAUAAUGUUAAAUACAGUAAAUAGGACUUAGUUUAUCUUAUCAGGCUUGCUAGCUUUAGCUCCAGUAUCCUAGUAUACGAGUCAUAACAAUAAUCAAUAUGCUGCCUUUUAAUGAAUCUUGCUUCCGUGUGCUUCACUCAAUUAUGGUUAAAAAAAAAGCAAUCCACAAAUUUCACUGUACACAGUUCCAUUCAUCAGCUUCUGCACUACUUGUCUUCUCAGUACAGGAAAGCAAAAAUGGGGAAACUUUAAAGAACAACCAACCUGGCACCUCCAACACUGGGCAAUAGCACAGUUUGAAACACUCCCAAAACAUCAGGCAUCAUGUUUUGCCAUCAGGAGGGGGGGGAAAGCUAAGCAAGCUGGUGGGGUGCAGGAGAAGAAUGGGAUGGCAGGAAUAGAGAGGAGGAAAAGGGCUCUGGUGAGCUUUGGGGCUGAGCAAGGGCUGGACCAUGGCAGGAUGGCUGCAGCCACCCCAGAGCAUCCCCUGCCUGGAGUGUCCUGGGAGCAGGGGAGUCUGGUGUUCUGGAGAGAAAAUGCACAAGGAAAAUAUUUUUGAUGUUAAUGUAAAUGUAUUUUGAAAUGAAUAGAAAGAGAAGAAAAAAAAGGUUUAUUUUGGUACAGAAAUGUUAUCUUUUAAGAUGUAUAAACUGCAGGAAUUGACAUUUGCACUGUAAGAGCACCUGUUUCCUUGGAGAAGCAGCAGCUGUUGAGGUGAGGAUGCAGAAAGCAUCAUUCCCUGAUGGAGGACAGCCACUCACCAGCCCCAACCCUGAUGGCUGAGGGAGUUUCCCCAGGACAGCUCCCAUUCCACACUCCCAUUUUCCCCACACCCAUCUUUUGAUACUUUUUUUUUUCUUUUUUAUUUUCUUUUUUUUUUUUCCACUUGCACCUGUUUUAUGGGGUUAGGAUGCCUGCUGUCCCAUGGAGCUCGCCCCAAGGUUGGAUGCAGAAUGGAGCCAGGAUGGAUGCAGGCUGCAGGAAGAUGCUGCUACAGGGCAGGGCAUGAGGUUUGGUUGUUCUUUAAGGAAAUCCCCUGCAGUUUGCACCAUUCCACAUUCAAAACAACCCACUUCACAUCAGUUACAGGAAACGAUAUGAAUGUCGCAGGAGGAGAAACCCUUCUGUUUUCUUUGUUUCAAAGAACGUGAUGUGCCAUUUGUUAAUACAAAAGAGAAAUAUUGAAAAUAUAUUGAAAAGAGCAAUUUUAAAUUAUUUUUGGCUUAUGUUGCAAUAUUUAUUUUCUUGUAUUAGAAAUUCCUUUGUAGAGAAAAAAUGUAUUUUUCAUUAAUGCAAAAACCUAUUUCUCCUUUUUGUACAUUUUCCAUGUUAGUUAAUCCUUAAAGCAAUAUAAUGUUAUCAAACUCGUUCUGUGUGAGACUGUAUUAUGCAUGCUAUUUGUGUUGCCUUGGAAUAGCUCUGUCUGCCAUUAUUUUCAUCCUGUUUAGAUACAGUGUAUGCUUUAAUACACAUUGGGACCAUGGCCCAUUGCUUAUGAAAAGAAACCCCUUUGCAUUCCUCAAUGUGUUGGCUAAUGCAGUCAAUAAAGCAGUGUUUUCUGUG